AGGGGUGGGCGGCGUUGGAGCGGCCGCGGCGGCCGAGGCGGGCGCUUCGCCAUGGGGCUCUUGGGCGAGGUGACGCGCGGCCUGGUCCGCGGCGCCGACCGCAUGUCGGCCUGGACGAGCAAGCGGGGCCCGAGGACCUUCUUCAAGAGCCGCGGCUGCAAGGUCUUCGGCUACAUCACCGCCAGCCGCAAGUUCCGCCUGGUGCGGGACCAGGUGCCGGUGCUGGUGGUGCCGGACCUGACCGGGUUCAAGCUGAAGCCCUACGUCUCCUACCGGGCGCCCGCGGGCAGCGAGCCGCCCCUCAGCGCCCGCGCCCUCUUCCAGCAGACGGCCGCGCCGCUGAUCGAGAAGGACAUCAAGGACGGCGCCUUCGACCCCGGCGCCCUGGAGAAGUACGGGUUCGAGCCCAGCCAGGAGCACAAGCUUUUCCGGCUCUUCCCCAAGAACUUCGUGCGCUAGCAGGCGGCGGAAGGAAGGAGGGGAAAGCGGGGAGAAGCAGCUCUCCCCCCAACAGACGGGGACAAAUCGCCCGCCAGGACUGCGAGCUUUGGAAGGCCUCCAAACGCAGGGUCGCAACGAGGAGGACAGACAGACCCCACCUCUCGAAGGAAGACUCUUGGAAUUGAUCACUUUGGAGUUUUCUGGAGAAUAAAAGAGGUGGCAGAUAUUACACCUUCCUGCCUGGGA